AUGCGUUAACUGCUUCUUCUGGUGACUGGGACCUUUGACCACGCAGUCUGUUUUUAAUUUUCGGGAAAGUAAAGAAAUCGUUAUGACUUAGAUCGGGACUGUAUGGAGGGUGGUCCAAUAAUUCUACGUUUUCUUACGUUAAAUAAUGCCUUGUUUUUUGUGCUGUGUGCGAGCUUGCAUUGUCUUGGUGGAGGAUGGUUCUUCUUUCGGGGUUGAUUUUUCGAAGCUCGGUGAUGACUUUGGGCAAACAAAUGGUGGUAUACCAAUCCGCAGGAACAGUUUUUUGCUCAUUAAGAGGAAUUGUUGCAAUAUGACCCGCUUUUGGCACAACUUUCUGCUCUUCAGUCAACAGGUGGGGUAUCCAACGAGAUACUAAUUUUCU